AUGGCACCUCAAGCGCUCACGGGCAUCCUGGUUGCUCUCGUAACGCCUUUCAAGGCUGACGGUUCAAUCGACUACGCCAAUCUCAACAAACAUGUCAACCGCAUGAUUGACCUUGGUGUCCAUGGCAUUGUUCCCGGCGGCAGCAGUGGAGAGUUCACGACUCUGUCAUUCGACGAGCGGAAGUCUCUUAUUGAAGCUGUCAUCAAAGCCGCCGACGGCCGAGUUCCUGUCGUGGCUGGUGUUGGCGCACUAUCGACUCCUGAUGGUAUCGAGCUGGCGACACACCACGCCAAAGCUGGGGCUUCAGCACUUAUGGUUCUUCCUCCAUUCUACGAGGCUCCCAACUUGGAUGAGUUGAAGGAGUACUUUAAGGCUAUCCACGAGGCUAGCAAGCUGCCUCUUCUCUAUUAUAAUAUCCCCAGCAUCACCGGUACAAACCUCGAGCCCCAGCAACUUGCUUCCCUCUCCGAGGUCGGUGUCAAAUACCUCAAAGAUACCUCUGGCAAUGCCCCUGCUCUUACAGAGCUCCUCUUGGGACAGGACAAGAUUACUGCUUUCAAUGGUUGGGAUACCCUAACCUUUUAUGGUCUCGCUGCUGGAGCAAAGGGCUCCGUAUGGGGUGCCACUAAUGUUAUCCCAGAGCUCUCGGUUGAACUCUGGAAUGCGAUUGGUGUUGAGAAUGACCUUGUUAAAGGUCGUAAGAUCUGGGACAAGAUCUGGCCUAUUUGCAAAUUCUUUGAGGGCCACGGAUAUGCUGCAGCUCUGAAGCUGGGCAUGGACAUCCGGGGAUGGAGUGCUGGUGACGUCCGCAAGCCAUUCAUCGCAGUGGCUAGUGAGCACCGCAACGAGCUUGCCAUGCUCCUGAAGAACGCUGGGGUCAAGACUGUUUAG